CACUCAUACGUCCAAGUACUGCUCCUUUUCUGACCACGUCUGUCCCGUUCCACACUCGGGUAAACCAUCGAGUAAACCGAAUAGAAGCUGAAGUGACAUUUUCAGCUAGGAGACAUUCCAUUUAUUGCCAUAUUUUACCGUAUUUUACUAUAUCCUCAUAACAGAAAGAGGACGGCAAAUACUUGGAAAUUCGCAUACCUAUUUCUUCUACUGUCAAUCCUACGGCCCUGACUUGUUUCCGGAUACCCUCUUGUUGUCCUGCUCCCCUGCUACCAACAUGAUACGAAGUCAGCCGCCCAAGACCAAAUCCGACAACGGGGUGGUGAAGCAUCGAGCCUGUGAUGAGUGUCGUAUGUCUUAAUCCUUUGCCAUCUUUUUCUCGCCCUCUUCUCCAGGCCAGCUUUCCCCGAUGCCCGACUCCGGUGUCAGAAAGGAAUCAUGGCUGACUGUUCGACACAAGGGGCACGGAAGCUGGCCUGCUCUAAGGAGCCCGACGGCUGCUCUCGGUGUCGUCGCGAAGGGCUGAACUGCGUCUAUUCGCCACAAAAGCCCAUGGGGAGGCCACGAAAGCGCCGUCAUCUCGAAGGGAGCGAGAGCGACGACCAACAAGUUGUCCCCAAGAUGGUGGAUACUACCCCUACCACCACCACUACUACUACUACUACUACUCAGGGCGCGAGUGCAGGAUCGUCGAUGACAGACCCUUUGCAGCUUCCGCUUCCCCUUCAGGUCCAAUGUGCGGACCCCUCGAAGCAAUCCGGCAGCACCACCAUAUCGGGGCUGGAGACUGACUUCUCCUGGUACAACGACACAGGCAAAGGCGACUUGGACGUGUUAUCUUCGGCAUCGUUUCUCGAUACGUAUUCGCAUGCCAACGGAAGCAUCAUAGCAUCUACGCUCCCCCUUGACUUUUCAACAGGCGGUCCUGAUACGAUGUUCGGCGAGCCGCCGUUUCCCUCCGACGACUUCCACUUUGGCGGUGCUAACCUCCUAGACGGCAUCGAUUUCAACGAGAGCUAUUCCGCUGAUAAGCCGGUGUUCCAAGACAUCAGUGACGAUCUCGCCGGAAUCUUGUCUUCAGAGGCAUUCCAAACGGCAACGCCAGCAGCAACAGCACCACCACCACUACCGUCCGCGGGAUUGGGACACACGGGCGACAGGGGCGACACGUCUGCCCUACCACUAGAUCUUAUUUCCGUUGCCCAAGGCCACUGCCACGGCCACGGCCACGGCGACUUCCCCAGCGACUCCUCGUCCUCCAUAUCCGGGGCCUCGGCUUCGGAAACUUCGCUCCAGACACCCCCUUCCGCCUGCGACUCCGUGGCCCCCGAAAACACCAGUCCCAUGCACAACAAACACAACCACAAGGCUCUACCCCAGGCGUCGUGCGCCUGUCUGUCGCAGAUCUACCUCUCCCUCGACGCCCUCUCUCGGCUACCAGAGGACGUCGUCCUGGCGAUGGGCGUCGCACGCGCGGCAGCCAAGGCGGCCCACGACGUGGUGGUCUGCCCGGCCUGUAGCAAGCCGUUCGUCGACGACCCGGCGGUCCCGCUGCCGAUCCAGUCCGUCCAGAACAUGAUGAUGCUGGGAGCCCUGAUCCCGACGACGGUCAACGCGUACAUCAAGAUCCUCGAGCUCGUCGACGAGGCCACGGCCCGGGCCAGGGAGAAGGGGGAGAAGAUGGUCUUCCGCUUCACCGACUACGGCGGCCUCUGGGGCUGCCUGGGCGAGAUGGACAAGGUCAGCUGCCGCAGUACCGUCGUCGAGAUGUACGACAACCGCGUCAUGGAGCCGGACCAGUGGCGCCACACGGUCCGCGCCGUGCUCAAGGUCGACCUGUACGGCUUCCGGGUGGACGGGAGGACCACCGUCGACGAGAAGGUCGUCAGCGAUGGUCACAGCCAUAGUCACAGACGUAGUUAUGACCACAGCUAUGGCCACCCCGGGCUCCGGGACGUCGUCACCGCCAUGGAGAACCGGUCGAAGCGGCGCCACGACAAUUUCGAUGCCCUCGUCGCCGCCGGCCGACAGCCGAUGUGUAGCCAGGGCACGAAGGACCGACCAUGCUUGAAGAUUGUGGAGAUGGCGAGGCUGUCCCUGGAGAAGUUGGAGAUUGCUUAGGUUGUCUGAAGUACGGGAGUCCCCUCGGUAGGGAGCCGGGCAAUACCGCCACUCUCAGGUCCGAGUCCGGAGUACCUACUCCGUGUACCUUACGAAACAAAAUGUACAAAAUGUUCCGUACUACCUAGGUAUAACACAAACUACCUUAUGAC